UACUGGAAUAAUUUGUCUGGAGUAACGAAAUAACACUCAAAAUGGCAAACUAUGGAUGGAAAAGCCUGUGAUAUCAAACUCAAUUGAAGGACCAGGGGAUAGUGGGUGAUUGACCAGAGUGACGAGGUACUGACGGCCAUCCUGUACCCCAAGGCUAAACAAGCAGCAAGAUGUUGAGGCUAGGCUGGCUCCGAGGGCUGUCCUCUUUGUUGUUCAUCGUGGCUGGAAUACUCUACAUAACAUCCAUUAAACAGGAGGUUAAUUCCCAUAGGGAAAUAUUGCACAGGCCCUAUCAGAAUGACUUAGUCAGUGGCCAGAAAAUCCUGAAAAGGCUGGAGAAUAUGGAGGUGCAGAUUAACAAACUGGUGAAAACAUUCAACACCAGGAUCAGUCUAGAAGAGUGGCAGGAUGUGAAGGUAACCAAGGUGAAGAAGGAGAGGAAGGUGGUGAAGAAGUUGUAUCCCAACUCAGCUCUAUUUAGAAACUGGGGUGAUGAGCUGUCAGAGGAGGAGCAGAAAGAGGCAGAGGGGCUGUUUCAGACCUACGGAUACAAUGUCUUCCUGAGUGACCGACUCCCACUGAACAGAGAAAUCCCUGACACUCGUCCUCCUAAGUGUUCUAAGCACCAGUACCCCCAGGACCUGCCUACCAUCAGUGUGGUUUUGAUCUACUUGGACGAGGCCCUGUCAAUCAUCAAGAGAGCGAUACGUAGCGUCAUAGACAAGACCCCCCAACGCCUGCUCAAAGACAUAAUACUGGUGGAUGACCACAGCUCCAUUGAGGAACUAAAGGAGAAGCUGGAUGACUACAUCAACUUAAUCCACGAGGAGCGUCCAGGCCUGGUGAAGAAAGUGAGACAUUCGGAGCAGUUGGGCCUCACACAGGCUCGUCUCUCCGGGUGGAGAGAAGCUGUAGGGGAUGUUGUGGCCAUCUUAGACGCCCAUAUAGAAGUCCACGUGGAAUGGGCGGAGCCACUGUUAGCUAGGAUAAAGGAGGACCGCACACUGGUGUUGACGCCGGUGUUUGACAAAAUCGGUUACGAUGACUUGAGAGUCAUCAAGUAUGUGUCUGCCCCCAUUGGCUUUGACUGGGCCCUUUGGGGCAUGUACGAUUGGUUCAGACCUGAGUGGUACGCCUUGAAGGACAAUUCAAAGCCAGGAAAAAGCCCCUCCGUUAUGGGCAUUCUAGUGGUUGAUCGCCUGUUCUUUGGGGAAAUUGGAGCACUUGAUGGUGGCAUGAAGAUCUAUGGAGGAGAAAAUGUUGAACUGGGCAUCCGGGUGUGGCUUUGUGGUGGAAGUAUCGAGGUCAUACCUUGUUCUAAAAUUGCACAUGUUGAGAGAGCCCACAAACCCUAUCUUCCUGACCUGAGCAUUACAGUAAAGAGGAACGCUCUGAGAGUGGCUGAGGUCUGGAUGGAUGAAUACAAACACAAUGUCAACAUAGCCUGGAACCUCCCACUGAAGGAUCAUGGCAUAGACAUUGGGGAUGUCUCUGAGAGGAAAAAGUUGAGAGAGCGGCUUAACUGCAAGCCCUUUCAGUGGUACCUGGAUAAUGUAUAUCCUAUGUUAAAUCCUCUGGGUGACUUCGUUGGAUAUGGAGCUCUGAUCAAUGACAUGAAGAGGGAUCUCUGUUUGGAUCAAGGCCCAGAUCCAGGGAAAACACCUAUUUUAUAUGAAUGCCAUUAUACAAAUACACAGCACUGUUUUUAUCGAACCAGUGGGGAGAUCUACAUUGGAGGCAUCAAGUCUCACAAGUACAGCAGUAAUCGAUGUCUGGUAGACACAAACUCUGAAACCCCAGGGCUGUAUGAAUGCAAGGUGGCCAAGCAGAAGGGAUUCCACAUGCUCUGGGACUUCCAACAGGGAAAAGCCAUCCAGAACAGACAGACAAAGAGAUGUCUGGAGAUUGCCCAAGGAGAAGACACGUACUACAAGCUCAUCAUUCAGGACUGCACUGGGCAGCACUGGAAAAUACAGAACCUGAUAAAAGACUCAGUUCAAAUAUAUGUAAAUUUUAUUAGCUAAUAAAAUACUUGUUAACUAUG